AUGAGCCUGCCUGGAGAGACGGCAGAAACUGCAGACGCUGUCGCCCACAUUUUCGAUGAGAUUGACCACAACAAAGAUGAGAGGAUUUGCUGGGAUGAGUUCCAGAAAUGGCUUUGGCGGUGGAAUGUCCAGCAUGACGAGAGCGAGGAUGCAGCACGAUCACUCUUUACAUUUCUUGAUCGAAACGGGGAUGGGACCAUCGAUGCGCAAGAGAUGAUGGACGCGUUGAUGCUACUAAGCGACUUCGAGUGCAAGAACAAUCACUCCUCCCUCGCAGUGACGCAUGCUGAAGCUGGUCAGAUUAUCCGGGACUUGGAUCCUGAUAGCUCAGGAGGCAUUGAGUAUCACACCUUUGUGGAAGUGCUUCAUGCAUCCCGGAAGGGUCACGCUCAUCCCAGCAAUGAGAGGCCUCAUCUUGUGCUGAAUUUUGAUGUUAACAACACCAUUGUUAUGCUGGAUUCGGCCACUGGAGCUGAUUCAAAGGGUUUGAUUGCCAUGGUCUUGUCCAACUCCGCCUGGGGCAGCAUCCAGUACACGGACGGUUUGGCAGUUUCUUGGACCUGCCAACACUUUGAGCUGUGCACAGAGCAGCCAAAGCCGGGCCUCCAAACCUACACGGAGUUCGUGGUCCUUCGAAAUCCAUUUCCCGACAAGAAAGACUUUUCCGAGAAAACGGCUCUCAGGGCAGCCAAUGAGAAGGUCAAAGCACAGCGGCGCUCAGAUCUUUGGGCCUUCACUGAUCCGGGAAUGCCGGGUGAGGUCUUCAGGCACGAGUUGGAGCAGAUGCAGGAGAAGCUCUUGCUACCUGAAGAUGUGCGGGGCUCUAACCAGGCUGCAGAUGCUGGCCUUACCAGUGAAGCAGUGCAGCUCUUGCCGUCCUUCUUGCACUUUUUGCGAGAGCUGAAACGACAGGGUCGAAGCUUUACUCUCAUUUUCCGGACUUUUGGAAAUGACCUGCCGAAACUGCAGAAGGAGAUCGAGGCUUUGUGUCAAGGCUGGCACCCGCUGUUUCGCAAGGAGGACAUUGUGGUUUUGGACGGCUCUGAUGGCCUGCCAGAUUAUCGGAUGCAGUUUGGCUCUGUGGAUUCGUGCGGGACUUUCUUCCGCAAUCCAACUGCCGAUGAUCAUAUGGCUCUUGUCAUGGGCAGCAUCGAGCAGCCGGAUUCCAUUGAGAAGGGGGUUGAGUUUUGGGAUGACAAAGAAAAAGUUGUCACUCACGAAGGUGUGCACCAAGUCUUCAAGCAUUACACUAGGCUCUCGUCCCAGAAACGUACCAUCGCGCUGCGAGACUUCUACCCAGGCUGGGCUGCAGUUGGCUCAACCUCACGCGGUGGCAAGCCUGUCUUUCUCGGCAGGAUGGAUCCUGGCGAGCAUUGCAUAUUUUUCGAUGAUCACAUCGGCCCUGAUGAUCCGCAUAUUGUGGAUCCUAUCGAUGCACAUCUUUGGCCUCGAAGGUUCAGCAGCGCUCAGCUUUUUGGAGUUCACUUGGUGCGAGCACAGCCUUUGCUCUCCAUCCGUGAUAGGGAUUACUUUGUGAAGUGCCUUGAGCAGUGUGAAGCGGCUCGCAUGGCAAAACUGGAGCGGUGGCACAAGCUGAAGUGCAUGGUGGCCGACUUGGAAGGAGUCCGCAAGGUGCUCUCCAGCUUCCUUUACACAGCAGUGCCACGCCAAGACGCCACUUUCCGACCUUGGAGUGGAAGCAGGGAUGUCAUUCGCUGUCAAAGAGUGCCCACCUUUGCCGAGGAGGCUUGA